AUGUGGCGCGGCCUACAUACUUUGUGUAAACAAAAGUUUUGUUUGGGAGAACAAAACAAAAAAAAUCCAAUCCGUAUCCGUGAAAAACCAAUCCAAUCACGGUUAUCACCUGAGCAGGAGCGUGCAGUAACGAGGGCAGCAGCUAGCAAAACAUGGAGAACGGGGAAUCGAUCGAGGAGGACGUCGAUAGCGCGACGGAAGUGUUCGACGAAAGUACGUUGAGUAUUAAAACUUCUGUGGUCUGUCCAGCCGUCUGGAAGCGCUUUCACCGGCGACAACGGUACAAUGAUACUGUACCGCUUCAUUUCGAAAUCAUUCACGCACGUAUCCUGCCUGCCGUUGCCUCUACGGAGCUUGUUGCCGAUGCAUCCGGUAGUGGUGGUAAUAAUGCCGUGAAAAAGUACGUCGUGUACGUGGUGAAUGUACGUGAAGAUGGCUUUCCGCGUGAUCCAUGUCCGACCAGCAUCGACCGUCGGUACACGCACUUCCUCAAGCUCUACGAAGGACUACGCAAGGACCACCCGACGCUGGUUCAGAGUGUCGCUUUCCCCAAGAAGGUGCUAAUGGGGAACUUCACUCCCGAGCUGAUUGGAGAGCGUAGCGGCGCAUUCGAGCUGUUCCUGGACCAUAUCAUGAGCGUGCCUUUGCUGCGCGAGUCGGAGCAUUUUCUAGAGUUUUUGCAGCACGACGAACUGACGAGGGCGUGUCAAUUAUUGGACGAACGGCGUAACGAGCAGGCAGUUCCACUGCUAGAGAAUUCCUUCCGUCUGCUAAACAAACUGUUUCUCGAUAAGUCUAAGGCUGUACUAUUGCUCCUCUGUCGGCUGGUCGUUGCUUGUACCAGUUCACCGAUUCCUCACUCGGCGGCCGAGCAGUGGGCCGAGCUCGCAUUGCGAAGGUUCGAGCACGUUUGUGAUACGGAGUUGCUGGUGCUAUACAUACCGCUACUGCAAACCUGCCUUCAUCUUUGGUGGCAACGUGGACGGGAUCGUACUCUGCUGGAGGAACGCCUGAACGAGAUGGGCAAGAAAGGCAUCAAGGUGAAGGGUGGACCAACGUUGGGCCAAGCCAUUCACGCUCUCGAUCCACGUGCAGAAACCAUCUGAUAAUUGCCAGAGCCGAGCCAGGGCAGUACCGGAAACGAACUGCUUGUAACUGAUCAUCACAUGUUAUUUUAUAUUAGUUUUAAACAAUUCUGUCAAUUACGAUUGUUUUUGAGCUAGCGUUUUUUGGUGAAUAUUAGAUGUAGGUUUUUUUUAUCUUUUACGAUUAGGCUGCUAAUAGCGGAGAAACCGUUUGGUUAUUGACUUGCAAUGCUACCCCGCGCCUUCAUGCCAUUCAGAAUUACGAGAAUAAAUUGGCUUUUUAUUAGUAAAAAUUAA